GCGCCAUCACUGUUAGUCAUACAUAAGAUCUACCGUGUUUACCACAGGUAACCAAUGGUAGUCUGUUCGUCAUAUCCUCACCGGUUGCUGUCCAAAGACUUGCGUGCUGCCGCAUAGGAAUCACGCGAUCAGAACCGACUUUCUACCCGCAUUUCCCCUCCUCUCGUUGUAAACCAGAACGGAAGGGUGUGGAACGCUGUCGUAGCGAUGGCGCAAAAACCAAAUUGGAUUUUGAUUUGCACUGCAUCUGUUAUUUUUUUAAUAAUAGGAAUUCUUAUCGGCCGAUAUGGUAUCAGUAACAACAAAGAUGCUGAAUCUCCCGAAAAGGCGAAAAUGUCUGCAAUGGUGAUGGAAGAGAUAAGUGCAUCAAAUAUCGGUGAAUAUCUUAAGUACUUAAGCAGCGUACCGAAUUUAGCUGGAACUCCGCAAGAUUUAGAAGUAGCUAGUUGGGUGCGCGAUCGUUUCAUAAGCGGAGGUUUAGAUGAAGCUCAUCUGGUUCCUUACAAGGUGCUUCUAUCCUAUCCAGAUAAGAACAAUCCAAAUCAGGUAUCGCUUCUUGAUCCCAACGGCAAGGUUAACUUCACCACUUCAGGACGUCAGACUCCACUUUUUUCUAGCGAAGAGUUCUCACCUUUGGUUCAACCAAACUUCAAUGCCUAUUCAGCUAACGGAACCGUUGAGGGAGACUUGGUAUACGCCAAUUAUGGCAGAAAACAGGACUAUGAGUAUCUAAGAUCCAUCGGCAUUGACAUUCGAGGUCGCAUUGUCAUCGCUCGUUAUGGAGCCAUUUUUCGUGGAAACAUAGUUAAAUCUGCCGAAGAUGGGGGAGCUCUUGGAGUGAUUCUCUUCUCCGACCCGAAAGAUUUUGCACCGGAAGGUCGCAGUUCUGUAUAUCCAAACACAACUCGCCUACCAGGGAUGGCUGUCCAAAGCGGUUCGGUUUUGUUAGGCUAUGGAGAUCCUUUAACGCCAUUGUAUCCAGCUUUAGAGGGUGCUUAUAGACUACCGGAAGCUGAAGCCCCAUUGCCGAAAAUACCCGUUCAGCCCAUUGGAUACGACGAAGCGGAAGUUCUGUUGAGGUCGAUGUCAAUAGACAAUCCUGCUCCGGAAGACUGGCAAGGUGGUCUGAAUACAACAUACUUUUUGGGUUCGAAAUCCACUCAACGGAAAUGGACUGUCCGCUUACAGGUGAGAAUGACUCAAAAGGUUGCGACAGCCUAUAACACAAUUGGGAUUCUUUAUGGAAGAGAAGAACCAGACAGGUAUGUAUUGAUUGGGAACCACAUGGAUGCGUGGACGCUUGGAGGAAUUGAUCCGGCUAGUGGGACUUCAGUUUUAGUAGAGAUGGCCCGCACGUUUGGUCACAUCAAAGAAAAAUCAAAUUGGCGUCCAAGGCGAACGUUAAUGUUUUGUGGAUGGGGAGCUGAAGAGUACGGAAUGAUUGGCUCAUACGAAUGGGCUGAAGAACAUGCUAAGGUCCUUAUUCAACGUGCCGUGGCCUACAUCAACGUUGACUCUGCCAUGGAAGGUAAUUAUACUCUGAAGAGUCAAACAGUGCCUUCGCUGUACUCAGUAAUCCGGGACGCGGCCAAAAUGGUACCCAAUCCUAAUCCAGCAGAGGUGGAGGCCGGACGUAAAACUGUUUUUGACACUUGGUUGUUGGCCAAUCCCGAUCCGAAAGAUCCCACCCAACCACGCAUAGGUAAUUUAGGAAGUGGCAGUGAUUAUACCGUCUUCAGUCAUGUCCUCGGUGUCCCAUCAAUCGAUGUAUACUAUGAUUAUGAAGAGAAAGCAGGAUCUUAUCCUCUUUACCACACUCUUUACGAGACUUAUCAUUCGGUGGCUAACUUAAUGGAUCCUGGAUUUAAGUAUCACGUUGCUGUUGCACGACUGAUGGCUGAAUUGACUUUGAGUCUCAGUGAAUCGGUUAUUCUCCCGUUCGACGUUCCGAAUUACGCCCGUUUCCUUGAACAAGAUCUCGCUAAGAUUGAGUCACGAUACAAGGAUGUGGCAUUCACGAACGGAGCCACUUUUGAACAUUUUAGAAAAGCAGUUGCUCAUUUCCGGAACGCUACCGAGUAUUUCACCAACAGCAUAGUACCACGGUUGGACAUUACCAAUCCUUUAGCCGUUCGUAAAAUCAAUGACCAGUUGAUGCAGCUCGAAAGAGGAUUCGUCGAUUCUCACGGCCUUCCCGGCCGUCCCGAAUUCAAUCACAUUGUAUUCGCUCCUAGUUCUGUGGAUAAAUACUCCAGCGAUACUUUUGCUGGCUUGGUGGAUCUGUUCAAGACAGUUGGCAAUCAGACGGAAGCCGAACAGCCCGGCACUUGGCGUCAAAUCAAACAACACCUUUCAGCAAUUUCUUUCUUGAUCGGUGCUGCGGCUGACUCUCUCCGAGAGGGAUUCUAGACCCCCACCACGAUCGCAAAUUUUCAUUCUACUCCCUUUUGUUGCUUAAUUCUUGCUUUCUUAUUUCGCAUGACACAUUUCUGUUCGAUAAUUGGUACACUUUAACAAGCCAACACUUUUAAACGUGCAAUAAAUUGAAACAACAAU